ACUAGAAUGUCAGAAGAUACUGAAGGAAUUGAAAAAGAAAUAGAAAUUGAAUUAGGAAGAGUCAGCGUUUCUUUGUUUGAAGAAGAUGAUCCUGACACAGAGGUAUCAGAUGAAGCUUUGAGUGAUGGUGAGACGAUUUCAGAUGACUUGUCAGAAUCAGUUCUGUCCUAUUUAAACUUUAUAAAGAGCAGCAAUCAAGAUGCUGAAAAGCUUAUAAUGAAAGACUUAGAAGAUGAAGAAACUACAAGUAACAUUUAUGGAGUAGUUUCUUGCCAUGCUUCAGAUUACUUGGCAGAAUUAGCUUCUGAAUAUAAUGAAGAUCCAGAACAAUUUAAAAAAAGGGUACUGUUUGAAAUUGAAAAUGAAGACCUGCAGAUUGCUACAACACCGAGUUGCAGAAGUCAGUCCACCAGUGAUGAAGUGGUUACUGAUGAUAAUUUUGUUACUGCUGAUGUUGAAAUGAGCGUAAGCCUUACUCAUCGUGAAGUAGAAGAAAAGUGUAGACAGGAAUUUGAGCAGUGGGAGAAAAGACAAAGAGAGCUUGAAGACGAGAAGAGGAAAAAGUGGAAAGCUGAGAAGGAAGCACAGGAAAAACAGAAUGAAGAGGAACAUGCAAGAAGGUUGCAGCGUCUGGAGGAACUUGAGGCUGAAAGAAUAGAGUUAGAGCUUCUUCAUAAGAAACACCAAACUGCAAUAGAAGAUGAAUUACAGAAAGAAAAGAAAGUUUGGAGAGACAAAAUGAUGCAGCACAAGGAAUUGAUCAUGAAGCUACAGUUGCAAAUGGAAGAGGAGAGAAAGACCUUGGAAGAGCAAAAAGCAAAAGAAAGACAACACCUGGCAGAACAACAGAAUACAGCAGCUGUGAAAAUCCAAGCUAGAUUUAGAUCAUUUUUAGUCCGUAAAAAAUAUGUUUCAAUCUUAGAAGAAUGGAAAGAUAAAAUAAAAAAGAAGCAGAAAAUACAAGAAGAAAUAGAGAAAGAAAUGAAAGAAAAAGAGGAGAAAAUGAAGAUGCGAAGGGAAGAAAAUAGGCAAAAGAAAGAGGGAAAGAAGCGACUAGAAGAACUUGAAAGACAGGAAUAUUUGGAACAGGUGAGGAGACGUGAGGAAUAUGAGAAAAAGAAAGAAAGCCUGAGACUUGAAAGAGAAAAACAGCUGCAAAUAAGAAGAGAGGAACAGAGAAAACUAGGAGAAAAAAAAGUGAAAGCUGUGAUGUGUGAAAGUGGAGAAAACAACAAAGAAAACAUAAAAAGGGAUAAGCAGUCAGAAAAUACAAAAGUAAUAAAAGAACAGAAGAAGGAACUAGAUAAGCAAGUAGAGGAACAAAAAGAAAAUCAGACUGAAAUGGUGGAUGAAAUAAAUGAUAGGAUGAUUCCAGCAGAAAGAAAUUUGACACCCACACCAAAUAUGCUAGGCUCUGAGAAGGAACACUCUACUCAAGUAAAUAAUGAGAACACAGGCAUGAAUUCAGUAACAUAUAUAGAAGAAAAUUACUCACAAACUAGAGAUCUUAAUAAAGCUUCAAAUAGCCAUACUUCAAAGGAUGAAUCUGUUAAUUUUGGAGAUAAUGACAUGGUAGAAAAUAAGGCAUACACUAUAUACAGCAGUCCACUGAAUGUCCAGCCACAUGCUAGCAAUGGAGGAGUCAAAGCUCAAUUUUCUCAUUCUGAAACAAUGAAGGAAACUGUUUUUCUUACAGAAGAUGCUAAUGAGGAAGUCAGAGACACUUGGGACAGAAUUCAAGAUGUAACUGAGUGUUCCAGCAGACAAAUUCUUCCUCAUGAUAUUGAAAAGAAGAGAAUAAACUGGAUGAACACAUGUAAAUCUUGGUCUAAGAUAUAUGAAGAAAACCAAGGAAAGCAAGCAACUAUAAAAAGACGACCAAGGAAACGUUCAGUUAGCAAGAUGCCUCCAUUAAGUACACAAAAGAUAAUUCAGAGUGGCCCUUGGAGUACUCUGCAGCAGGUCACAACAAUUACACUUGAAGAUUUGCCAGCUUGUAGUCUCUCAACAUUAUCCGAGUGUUCGAAUCUUCAAGUUUUGACUCUGAAGCGCUGUGGACUAGUUGCACUGGAAGGACUAAGUAGCUGCAAAGACCUAAAGUAUAUCAAUGUGGAGGAAAACAACAUUCAGACAAUUGACUGUGGAAAUCUAGAAAAUCUCUGUAUUCUGAUUCUGAAUAAGAACAGUCUUUCAUCAGUUUGUGGCUUAGAUGGCUGCAUAAAUCUCAAAAAUCUUGAACUUUCCUACAAUAGAAUCACUCGACUUGGUGGUUUGGAGUCAUUGAAAAAUCUUCAGCAGUUGAUUGUGGACCAUAAUCAAUUAAUCAGCACAAAAGGUCUUUGUGAGGCAUCUACUCUCAUUCAUCUAGACUGCUCUUUUAAUCAUCUCACACAAGUUGAAGGCAUUGAGAAUUGUGGCCUUCUUCAAAUUUUGAAGUUGCAAGGCAAUAACCUCCAGGAGAUUCCAAUACUGGAAAAUCAUGUUCUCCUAAGAGAACUAUAUUUGGAUGACAAUAGCAUUUCUGCUGUGCAAAUGCUUUCUUUGUAUUGGUUGCCUCUAUUGCAGAUUCUUUUACUGUCUCAAAAUAGAUUAACUGAACUUGUGCCUUUAAAUUCAUUUGUGUCUUUGGAAAAGCUGGAUAUCAAAAAUAACUGCUUGUCAGACCUUAAAGGUAUCAUUACAUGGUUAAGUGGCUGUCAUAAACUAAGGGAGUUGUCACUCCAUGGAAAUCCUCUUCUCCAAGAAAGGAAUUGGAG